AGAAAAUAAUGGAUAAAUUUGGUACUUCCUUUUAAUCUGUUGAAGGACCAACAGAUGGACCUAAUCUAAAAAAUGCUAGAUUAAUUGGUGUGUAUAUAGGAGCUUAAUGGAGUUAACCAUGUUAAAGAUUUACACCAUCAUUGAGUAAACAAUAAAAAUAUUGGUUAGUUGAAUUUUACACAAAAAUAAAUGAAGAGAUUUAAUAAUUCGAAAUAAUUUAUAUUGGUAUGGAUGAGAAUGAAGAAAAGUAUAAGGAAAUAGUGAGUGAUAUGCCAUGGUUAUUUUAUGAUUUUAAAGAGUUUGUAAAAUAUUAAGUUUACAAUGAAUAUAAAAAGCAUAUAUAAGGUAAGUAUAAAUAAAUAUAUAUAUAUAAUUAUAGGUAUUCCUUGUUUACUUAUUUUGAACCCAAAUAAUGGCUUAGUGAUUACAAAUUAAGGAAGAGGAACAAUAGAGAAAGAAGGAUAAGGAGCUUUUGAGAAAUGGUUAACUCAGAUGAGUUUCAAAUGAUAUAUAUAUAAAAAUAAUAU